AUGAAUUUCGCAGACAUACUGCCAGAGGAUGUCACAGCCAUGAUAUUUGACAGGCUACCUUUCGAUGACCGUGCUAGAGGGUGCUUUGUGAACCGGACCUGGAACCGCCUUAACCGGGACCAAAUCCUUGGCCCCGCCCUUGAGCUGCACCCCAAGCAGGUCGUCAACAGGUCCUUUCUGGACUGGGCCAGGGGACGGUUAAGAAACGUACAGGAGCUGGAGCUCCUGCCCUUCAAAAGCAACAGCACAGACAUUGUGACCCAGAGAUGCUUCAGCAGCAGUCUCUGCGAGCUGUUACAACAAACACAGCACCUACAGAGGCUACGGGUGCCCCCUGCACAGAGUUUGGAUGCAGCGCUGCUCUCCAGGCUGCCUCAGUCGCUGUGUGAAGUCUCCAUCAGCAUCACGUUUGACGACAGCUGCCUUCUGGACUCGGACUUUGAUGUCGGCACCCUUGUGCCCUUCUCAUUUCCCCGCUACAUGCCACACCUGCAGACGCUGGAACUCCAGGUGACAUGUGUGAAUGUGCGCUCCUAUGGCCUGGUGUGCGCACCAUCCUGCCUGCCACCCAGCCUGCGGACGCUCAGUCUCUCCACAAAGUCUCGUGGCCGCCGUGUGGGGCCAUCCCUCAUGCUGCCAUGCCCUUCCCAGCUCCCAAACCUCAGGGAUCUGAGAUUGGAGGCCACGUGCUUCAUCUGCCAGGACAGGGGGACGUCAAUGUCAGCCUUCCUGACAAGCAUGCAGCAUUUGCGCGGAGUGAGGCUCAGAAGCAAUGCGAAGGCAGUCAACUACGGGAAGAUGCUUGAAGAGCUUUCACAUGUUCCAAUCUGUAAAUGGGAGCCGCUUUAG